AUGCUCGCGACCAUCGCGGCCGCUACCUCUGACGUCCUCGUCAUCGGUGGCACUGGUCUCAUGGGCGCGCCGACGGCUGCACGGCUACUCGAGGCUGGCCGGCGCGUCGUCAUCAUGAGCCGAGGCAAGACGCAGGGCCAAGGCACCAACGGCCGCCGGCCCACAACGCCAGCUGGCGCCGAAAUGCUGCUGUGCGACCGCGACGACGAAGAUGCCUUUGUCGCUGCGCUGUGCUCGCCCGACUGCCCUCGCGUCAUCGUUGACUUUACAGCGAUGAAGCCAUCGCAAGUUCAGAGCGUCCGGCGCGCGCAUGAGAAGCUGCCGCUGGCGCACUACAUCUUCGUCUCGACCAACAUGGCUUAUCCGGGCGGCGUGGAGCGCAUGGAUGUCUCCGCGACGGACGGACGCAUCGCGGAGAAGUCGGCGCGGCUCGGCUCAGCGAGCGAGGCGCCGUGCAACUACGGCGGCAACAAGCUCAAGUGCGAGGCGCUGCUUCACCGUUACGCCGCCGCGGCGCCGCCGCUGCGCUCCACCGUCGUGCGCCCGCCUGCCGUCGUCGGAGCCGGCUGCGACCCGCGGCACAAGAAGCUGCAGCGGCUCUGGCACGAGAAGCUGCAGCGGCUGGUGCUCGGCCUGCCGCCGCUGCCAGAAACCAAGGCGUGCCCGCCCGCCGAGCGGCCCGGCCGCCGCUUCCGCGUCGCGUGCGCAGACGACGUGGCGCAGGUCAUCGCGCGGGUCGUCGACCGCCCGCCGCCGCCGACACAUGCGUCCGCGCAGCGGCAGGACGGCGGUGCUUCCGAGGCGUACGAGGCCUUCAACGUUGCCUCGGGCGGGCCGCAAGGGUACGACCUCGACGAUUAUGUCGCCGCGCUGGCGGCGGCGCUCGGCCGACCGGUCCCCGAGGUUCCCGAGGCGCCCGAGAUGCGCAACUAUGAGAAGCAAGGCGUGCUCGACACGACGAGGGCCGAGGAGGAGCUCGGCUUCGUGCCGACGCAAAUGAGCGAGUGGAUGGCGGCGACGGUGGCGUGGCACGCGCCGCUGCUCGACGGCUGUAGCUAGCACCGCCACCGGAACAGAUGCUCUUUAGCCGUCGCCGCACACAACCCGAACAAACAACACAUGUACGUCACAUUUAUUUCUAAACUUUCGCUGGCUCGCGGC